AUGCAAAUAGCUGGAAGCAAUGGCUUUGGCCACAGCAUAGAGUUCAUGUCUCAAGCAUAUCUUCCCAAUAGCUACUCAGAAGUCGUCCUUAAAAUUGUGGAUUCAAGCAUUAACCAAGAUCCACCACUCCCCAUAUAUCUGAAGUUUGAGGAUGUAGAGUUCAAAGUGAAAAAUAGCCAAACAGAUUCCAACAACCCUUUAAAGAAAAUGGUGACAAAGGUGGCCACACAACAAGUGGAACAAGAAAAAUACAAGAAAAUCCUUAAGGGUAUCACAGGGAGCAUUGGUCCUGGUGAAAUUCUUGCUUUGAUGGGUCCUUCUGGCAGUGGAAAAACAACUUUGUUGAAAGUAAUUGGAGGAAGAUUACUUGAGAAUGUAAAGGGAAACAUUACUUAUAAUGAUGUUAGAUUUAAUCCUGCUAUAAAGAGAAGGAUUGGAUUUGUUACACAAGAGGAUGUGCUUUUCCCACAACUUACAAUAGAAGAAACAUUGAUCUUCUCUGCAUUCUUAAGGCUACCAACCAACAUGAGCAAGCAACAAAAAUAUGCAAAAGUGGAAAACACUAUCAAGGAGUUAGGACUUGAAAGAUGUCGCCACACGAAAAUUGGUGGAGGAUUUCUAAAAGGCAUAUCAGGAGGAGAAAGGAAGAGAACUAGCAUAGGCUAUGAAAUUCUUGUUGAUCCUUCAUUGCUGUUACUUGAUGAACCAACUUCAGGUCUUGAUUCAACCUCAGCUAACAAACUUCUCCUCACUCUUCAAGGACUUGCCAAGGGUGGGAGGACCAUAAUAACUACAAUUCACCAACCAUCAAGCAGAAUCUUUCAUAUGUUUGACAAACUUCUUCUGAUAUCAGAAGGCUAUCCUGUUUAUUAUGGAAAGGCUAGAGACUCAAUGGAAUACUUUUCUUCAUUGAGAUUCGCCCCGGAGAUACCGAUGAAUCCUGCAGAGUUCUUGCUUGACUUGGCAACUGGUCAAGUGAAUGACAUAAGUGUUCCUCAAGAAAUUUUGGGAGAUCAAGAAUCUUCCGAGCCUUCAAAAGCUGUUAUUAAGUAUCUAAAACUCAAGUACAAAGAAAUUCUGGACCCAAAAGAAAAGCUAGAGAACCAUGGAGUGGUAAACACACCAAAACAUCUUCAGCUAGCAAUUCAGGUUAAAAAGGAGUGGACAUUGAGUUGGUUGGACCAAUUCAUUAUUCUUUAUAAGAGAACAUUCACAGCAAGAUGCAAGGACUAUUUUGAUAAAUUAAGACUAAUUCAAGCCCUUGGAAUUGCAAUUAUUUUGGGGCUACUUUGGUGGAAAUCCUCAACCAACACAGAGGCUCAACUAAGAGAUCAGAUUGGUUUAAUGUUCUAUAUCUGCAUAUUUUGGACAUCUUCAUGUAUCUUUGGAGCAGUAUAUGUUUUUCCAUUUGAAAAAGCCUACAUAGUGAAAGAAAGGAAAGCAGACAUGUAUAGAUUAAGUGUAUACUAUGCAUGCAGCACUCUGAGUGACAUGGUAGCACAUGUUUUCUAUCCUACUUUCUUCAUGAUUAUCUUGUACUUCAUGGCCGGAUUCAAGAGGACGGUUGCAUGCUUCUUCUUAACAUUGUUUGCAGUGCUGUUAAUAGCCAUAACAAGUCAAGUAAUUCGCAUCAUAAAUCAGUUCUCCCAAAAGUUUAAGCGAAAAUGUGAAAAAAUGAUUGUAUUGAAUGCAUGGAUUCAGCACAUACCAAAGUUCAUGCAGUGGAUGAAGUACCUUUCAUUCAUGUACUAUGGAUUCAGACUUCUUCUAAAAGUGCAGUAUUCAGGAGACCAACUCUAUGAAUGUGAGAGCAUAGGAGGGUGUAGGACCCUUCAGAGUUCACCUUCAUUUGACACUGUUAAUUUGAAAGGUGGCUUACAAGAAGUUUGGGUUCUCAUAGCCAUGGCAUUAUGCUUCCGUUUUCUUGCUUACUUCUGCCUCCGCAGAAACAUUGAUGUAUGCAAUUAUUAGUAUCU